CUGGAGCCUGGAGAGGGACCGCGCCGACCCCUCUGUGCCUCCUUCUUCCUCCCAUCCUCCGACCUGCCGGGGGAUAAGCCCAGGUGAACCGCCGCCGCGGACAGGGGUUAAAAUGAAUGAAGAUCUGAAGGUUAAUUUGAGCUGGCUGCCUCAGGAUCAUGUAGAAGCCAGUUCUACAGAGAAUGCCUCAGCUCCAGGCUCCUCCCUGGUUCCUGUCGUAGACCCUGAGCCAGAGCUUUUGGUAAACCCCUGGGACAUUGUCUUGUGUACUUCAGGGACCCUUAUCUCCUGCGAAAAUGCCAUUGUGGUUCUGAUCAUUUUCCAUAACCCCAGUCUUCGCGCCCCCAUGUUCCUCCUGAUAGGCAGCCUGGCACUGGCAGAUCUCUUAGCGGGCAUUGGAUUGAUCAUCAAUUUUGUUUUUGCCUACCUUCUGCAGUCAGAAGCUACAAAACUGGUUACGAUUGGACUGAUCGUUGCCUCUUUCUCAGCAUCUGUUGGCAGCUUGCUGGCUAUCACUGUUGAUCGUUACCUCUCCCUGUAUUACGCUCUGACUUACAAUUCGGAGAGGACUGUCACUUUUACCUAUGUCAUGCUUAUAUUGCUCUGGGGAGCAUCUAUCUGUAUUGGACUGCUGCCUGUAAUGGGCUGGAACUGCCUCAGAGAUGAAUCCACCUGCAGUGUUAUCAGACCACUCACUAAAAAUAAUGCAGCUGUCCUUUCGGUCUCUUUCCUGCUUAUAUUUGCCCUCAUGCUGCAACUCUACAUUCAGAUCUGUAAAAUUGUGAUGCGCCAUGCCCAUCAGAUUGCCUUGCAACACCAUUUCCUGGCCACUUCCCACUAUGUGACCACCCGAAAAGGAGUGUCUACUUUGGCCAUUAUUUUGGGGACUUUUGCUGCUUGCUGGAUGCCUUUUACACUCUAUUCUUUAAUAGCAGAUUACACCUAUCCUUCUAUAUACACCUAUGCCACCCUCCUGCCAGCUACCUACAAUUCCAUUAUCAAUCCUGUCAUAUAUGCUUUUAGAAACCAGGAGAUACAGAAAGCGCUUUGGCUCAUCUGUUGUGGCUGUAUUCCUUCUAACCUGUCUCAGAGAGCAAGAUCACCCAGUGAUGUCUGAUUGGCAGCCAGGAGGACGCUCCUUAGCAAGUUACUUUCCAGACAUUCUGUCUUUGGUUUAGAUGCAUUCAUUAAAUGGUGUGUGAUGGGUUCAGAUAAAAACCACAGGAUGGACUGACCUUUUUGUGAACGGAAAACCCCAGUGACCUAAAUCAAUUGAGUGGUUUAAGGGAGAUUUCCAAAAUCAAAUUAAUCAGUGUUCUUACAGAUUUACAAUGUUGCUCAGGGUCUUUUUGUCAUAUUACCCAGACUUUGCCAUGUUUGCCAUGAUUUUACAUUCAGCUUUCUAAUUAAAAUUGGAUCGAAACAGCAUACGUCCUUUGAAAUUGUUUAUUGUGAUUGAAUUUAGUUAUACUGCAUGUUACAAUAUGUUGUCAGGAUAUUUUUUUCCUCUUUAAUUUUUUUUAAACAGAAAAAAAAAAGAAAAACCAAGUCCUGUUACUGCAUAUGUAUAUCAUCAGAAUGCUCUUCAAAAUAAUGGCCAAUUGUACUGAUUUAUUGGUAUUUAUUGUAGUCUCAGUGCAACAAAUUUGCUCUAAGUGAGGAAGUACUUGUACAGCUUUUUAUUUUACAUCUCAGCGUGAAUUAGCUUGAUAAUUGUUUUUAAGGGUUACCUGUUUUCUCAUGAGUUCUGGCUGGACGUUAAACCGAAAGAUAUGCAUUGCUUUCCUUUUCAAAAGUCAGCCAUAUGUUUUCCCUUAGAUAUGGGACAUCGGAGAUCACUAUGCUAUUAAUUUUAAAACUGAUUGGGGGAGGGAGAAUCUCUGAAACUGAUGAAACAAUGUGGCCUCUUUUGGCUAUGUGUUUGUAAUAGGUCAAACACUAAGUUUCUCAGAUAAGUUUGUCCUCUCAGAAGAGUUAAAAAUAUCUUUAAUAAAAUAAUCUCCAAAUUGCAUGCAGCACAUAUUUGGCACUACAUGAAAUGGUUUUCCUAAGUUUGUUUUCAAGUCUAAACUAUUAGCACUUGUUUUCAUUGUUCUCUUAUGUAAUUUUAAAUACUGACGUUUAUACAUUCUUGGAGCAUAUCUGGUUCAUAAUUGUUUGCAUCCAGAACUGCAAGAUGAGAAAAAAACCCAGUGUUUUCUCCUUUUUCUGGCAGUUUCAUCCACUACAGAAUGUGAUUCUUUGCACUGUACUCAUGUCAGUUCACUCCAUUGUAAGAUGAUAGUUCUGGUCUAAAAAACAGAGCUUCCUCUCAUGAAUGGUUAAAUUUCAAACUGCUUCUAACCUUUCACUGAAGCCACAUUAGAAUGCACCAGAAAUAAAGCAUUGUUUUCUAAUUUGAAGACUUGAUUGUCAGGGAGAAAAUCUUCCUGGCAUAUGACUUUGUGAAGCUUAUGGUGUGCCCUCAUGUCAGUUCAUGGAGUUUAGAGUACCACUUCCAUUAGUGUUGAUGGGAGCUAAAUGUCUUCAUGCCCUGGCAUCAGUAGGAGGUUAUUUUCCCUUGAAUGUCUAAGUCAGCACACUGUAUUGUUGCUUCAGUACCUUCCAUUAAAAAAACCCAAAACAGACUCAAAUGUAAAAAUAGCAAUAUUUACAGUUCAAUGAAAAAAAUAUACCUGUAUAGUAGAGGUAGUAGAGACAACUGCAUUGCUGGUCUGGAUUUUUCCAGAUGGAAUCAGUCCUUUUCAUGUGGACGUUUGGAUGACUGUAGCUUUUUGUGGCAAAGUUUCUGUGACGUUAAGAAUCAUACGCUAUACACAAAGCUGAAUCUCAAAUGUGAGUGAGUUGUCUGUAAACAAGGCUCUGUAGACAUUUUUAUGAGCAAUAAUUAAUUUUAGUUGCAAUGCCGGGUUUAAAUUCCAUUGUUUACUUGGUUCAACCUUCAUGAUAUUUGGCUCUUACUUUGUAAUCUGAUUAGUUUAUUAAUUGCAUGGCAUGAUCCAGUAGAGCUGUGAAUUUGAAGCUCCCCUGGCUUCCCUGUGAUUUACAGAUGCUCAUCAGAGUUAGACUAUGACUUCUGCUCAGUGUAGGAUAUUGGUGUUCUUUAUCUACUUCUGAAUGUUAAUGAAGCUUCAGUCAUUGCAUUUUUGUAUAAGAAAUACUCACUUUGUAGAAAUCUACGCUACAUAUGUGUGCAGUUUUUCAAGUAUGCAAAGUAUUGGGCAGUAAAAUGGCACUAAAAGUCAUGACAUGAAUAAUGUAAGGAGGCUCAAUAAUGUAGAAUGGCAUUUUUAAGAGCAAAAAAAUGAGUUAGUUAUGCAAAGUUUACCCCCUUCCUUUUUCCUGCAUUUGUCCUUCUUUAUCAAAUUGCUAAAAGUAUAAUGAUAAAAUCUACAAUUGUGACCAAAAUUCAGUCCAGAGGGCAACUGUUGUUUUGCUUAUGCGGACCUGUUCUCAUCUUCUUGGAUAACUUCACAGGCAUUAGCGUUUUUCUCUACGCAGCACCUGUGUGAUGGGGAAGCCAGAAAAAAAACAGCACAGAGGGAGGUAAUGUCAUCCUCUCGUGCUGGUUCACCUAGUGUCCUUGUCAUCUUCCUCACUCCACAGGCUGCUCAAAUCCAUAGAGACUCUCCGAGUGCUGGGGGAGCCGACCUUUUCCUUGUGCCAGAGCAGAGAGAUUUGUAAUUGGAAGCUUCUCUCCUGAGGAACAGUGCAAGUCAAAGAGGAAAGAAGGAUUAAUUAUAGCAGUCCCACAAAGCUAGGGAUGCGAUUUACCCUUGUUUGAGGAGUAGUGCAUGGUUGCCUUUCACCACAUACAGAUGAGAAACAUGAUUCUGCCUCCCAAGCCUCUGCUAUGACCUCCAGUGAGGAUGUUGUCGCUUCCAGAAAUAUGUUCUUAAAUUAAGACUGUGCAGCACAGGCCAAAAAAUCCUACUGGAAGUCAGUGACACAGGUUUGCCUGCAGCUGUCAGGCCAAACUUUAACAUGGCUUGCAGUACUUGACAGGUGCUAUAUAACACACCUGUGAACGAGCUCUUGAGAGUAGGGCCAGAGCUGUGUGUAUGAAGCUGCUGACCUCACUUGCACAGAAGGAUUGCUUGAUAGCCAGCCACUUUCCAGACCCUGCAGAAUUAAGCAAUUCUCUGCUGUCCCCUCAGAAUUACAGGAUAGGCCCCCGUUCUAUAUGGUGAGGUGCUGGAAUCCAUCCAAGAUCCCUCUGAAACUGGCAGAAAUCCCACCAGCUUGCAGAAUUCUGAUGUUUUAUUGUCCCAUCAAACAACACCCAUGCGUGAGACCGGGGAAAUUAGAUUCACCAGUCUAUGUACAGUGAAGUAACUUUCACAUCUCCAUUGUAAUGACAGAAGACUUCUAUUUCUUAAUACGUAAUUUAGUUUAAAGAAUUGAAGUUCAUGUUUACUUAUUAAAACACUUGACCUAAAGUUAGUAACAGGUUAUAUCUUGAUGAGAAAAAUUUACUGUGGUCAGUUUUUCAUGUGUUCAUCCUCAAAGCUUGGGAGAGGAAUUUUUUAGAUUGUCAUCUUUUUUUCUUUUUUUUUUUUUUACCCGUUUCUCCUAACAGUAAGAUUUCAGCAAUAAGGGGAAAUAUAUUUUUAGCACAAAAGCAAUAAAAUCCUCCAUGUUGCAGGUACUAUAAACUGCUGAGUAAACUCAGAGCAAUAGAGAGGAAGCAAUAUUACUUUAAACAAAAAACAGUUACUUGCAUAAGGACUUUCAAUAAGCAUAAGUCUUCCUUUGUUAAGCAGAUGCUAUCAGACCAACGUGGGAUACAAUUUCUGGUUGAUUUGUGUUAUAAUUACUGAGUUCCUGAAUAGAAUUACACAGCAAUAAUAUUUUAUCGUAAUUCUUGGGUCCCAAAUUUGUGCUGUUGGCAAGAAAAAGUUACGUCCUGCAGUGGGGAUUUUUAUUCUUUUCAUCGUUUGGCAUUUAGUUGUACAGCAUUCUGUAGGUAAAUCUUUUCAGGAUUUCCAGUUGUAACGGAAAAUACCGAAUUUGCCACGCUUAUCAAGAUGGACAUGAUAAAUGGUGCUAACCCCUUCUGAAGAUAGCUUGGUUCUGGUAUCAGUGAAGAGAACCCCUACCAGCUAUUUGGAAGCAAGCUGAAAGGCCUGCUGUUGCUGCUGCAUUUUCCUACCACUGACGCUCAGUAACAUCAGCAGCUGCGUCCGUCUUUUAGUGUUCAGCAGCCAACCUUGAGGCGUCUUGGAGUCUCUAAAGCCCCUCAAUGGACAGCAGUGAACUUUGGCUUAAACCAGCAGGCAUGCUGUCCUCAAAGUGCUGUUAUUUUGUUACCUCAUUUUCUUAGGGAUCGUUUCGCCUUUAAAAAUAAGAUACAUGUGACUUCAUUUCCCCAAGGUGAUAAGCAAUCUGCUGUGUGACUGGAACUUGGGAUUAGAUAGCAUCACUACAAAUCAAGCCCCUGAAACAUAACUACACACUCAUUACUUAAAAAAAACCCCAAAAUGUUCAGAACAGGAUUUUCAAAUGGUUGGCCGCGACUUUUAUGAAAAGAAAGUAUACAUGGUCUGGUUUUUCUAUGUACAAUAAAGAAAUAAGAAUUGGACAGAGUAGUCACUAUUAAAAAAAACACUAGCUGUUCUGUCACUUUAUCUGAGAUACUGAGUGGUUCUGUUCAGUGGUAGUCCAGAGAUGUUCAAUGUAGAAAAAUUAAGAUCUCUCAGCCUCUGCUUAUAGAGAACUAAAAGGAAGGGACUAAAAGGAAUUGGUGUAAUUUAUAUGUCAUGAAUAAGCAAUAGGUCACGAAACACAGGCAUGCAUAUCUCCCUCAUUUGUCAGUAUAAGAAUGAUGGAACUCCCAAUAAACUUGAAAGGUCUCUUGUCUAGAGAUACUUUUUUGGUGCAAAAGGAAAUUACCCCUUAAAAUUGGGUGCUUCUGUCUUCUUCAGACCAAGAAUUUGCAGUUCCUUUUAAUGCACGAGAAAUCUGAGUGAACUGCAAGGAUAUCUGCUUUCAUAUUAGGUGGACGAUGAGAGAUGGAAGUCUUUAUGGCUUGGUGAAACAGCCAGAUACUCACUGCUUGAACUUGGAUAGGAAGGACGCUUGAAUAAAUGCAUCCCCUGUGAGAAGGUUAUUUUGAGCUGUCCAUUUGGAACCUGACCCAAUGCACAUGGAGCCCCUCAGAGGGACCCUGGGACUGCCCUUGUUCUGGGGUGUAUUGCAGCAGUCUAUGUGUCCCUGAGGCUGGCAGUGUGGUUGUUCCUGUUGAAUGGUGUCCAGA